AUGACAUCCUCCGACGUCCGCGACGUGCUCAACCUGCCCGACGGCGCUGCCGGCGGCCCUCGCCCCUCCAAGAAGCAAAAGGUCGCCGCCCCGCGCCCCAACCUCAAGGGCCUCGCGCGCGAGGUGCACAACCUGGGCGGCGACAACCCCAUCGCCAUCGUCCCGGAGGUGACGCAGUUCAAGAAGCGCCGGUUCGUCAGCCGCAAGCCCGCCGCGCGAUGGGAGCUGCGGCCGUUUCGGAACUCGGGGAGGAAAGACGGGAGCCUGCUGCUGAAGCACUGGAGGAGGGCUGAGGAAGGGAAGCAGUCGUCGUCCUCUGCUGCGACGGAAGGCAAUGCGACGGGGCCAAAGGAGGGAGGAGAAGAAGCCAUCGAAGAUUCCUUGUACGCCAAGUACAACGUUCAGGUCUCCGUGCCCCAGUACAGCGACGACCAGUACCGUCAAGUCUUGGAGAACCCUGACUGGACCAAGGAAGAGACGGAUUACCUGAUGGAGCUGGUGCGAGACUACGAUAUCCGGUGGCCCCUCAUAUGGGAUCGAUACGAAUGGAACCCGCCGGCGACCAAUGGAGAGGCCGACGCUGAUGGCGACGAGAGAAAGGCUAUCGUCCCAGCCACGCGAUCCCGGUCAAUGGAGGAUCUCAAGGCGCGAUACUACGAGGUGGCGUCCAGGAUGAUGGCCGUCCAGAAGCCAGUCCAGUACAUGACGCAGCCCGAGUUCGCCCUCCACGAGCUCAUGGCACACUUCAACCCCCAGCAGGAAAAGCUGCGCAAGGAAUUCGCGCUCAAUUCCCUGGGGAGGACGCGCGAGGAGGCGCGCGAGGAAGAGUCGCUACUACUGGAGAUCAAGCGCAUCUUGGCUAGGAGUGACAGGUUCAACGAGGAACGGAGGGAGCUCUACAACCGCCUGGACUACCCGCAUGCGGAGCAGGACAUCGCAACGUUCAAGUCAUCGGCUGGUUUGCAGACGUUGCUCCAAAACUUGAUGACGGCGGACAAGUCCAAGAAGAGAAAGUCCAUCAUGGGUGGCGAGGUGCCCACGCCGUCGGGACAGCCCACACCGCAGCAGGCGGCUCCGGAGAACGGAAGACGUGAUAGCGCUGCCCCUUCCACUGGCCGACGCGAGUCGGAUGCGCCCACCGCGGCGUCCACCUCGAACAAGAAAUCCCAGCAGCAGCAGCAACAGCAGCAUCAAGCGCAGCAACAGGCGCAACAACAGCAGCAGGCUCAACAGGCCCAGCCGCAGGAGCGCAAGAAGCUGACCGAACAAGAGGAGCUCAUCUACGGCGUCACGCACCACGACCGUCUCGGCUCCGGCCCUACCUUCCGCACGGAGAAGAUCAACAAGCUCUUCUCCCACAAGUCCAACCAGCAGCAGCUGCGCAUCACCAACACGCUUAACGAGCUGGACGUCCCGGCCAAACUGGCCAUGCCCACGGCGGCGACGACGGCCGCGUUUGAGCAGCUUCUGGCGGCUGUGAACAGCCUCCUCGAUGCUCGCAAGGUCAACGACAAGAUUGAUGCCGAGAUUCGGCUGGAGCUGGCCAAGAAGGCUGAAUUGGAGAAGGCUCUGGGUCACCAGGAAGCUGACAAGUCCGAGGACGCUGACGGCGAUGCCAAGGACGAGACGGCUGCGGCAGAGGAGGCCUCUAAAGACGAUGACCAGGAAAACGGCGCCGAAGCUCAGCCUGACGGGGACGGUGAACAAGAAAAAGGCGAAAAGGCAGCGCCGCCUGACGAAGCAGCGGCCAAGCCAUCCGUCGAAGGACCAGACGAGAAGAACAAACCCACCGACACCAACGCGGACAAGGACAAGGAGAAAGACGGCCAGCCGGAGAGCGGCGUCACCACUCGCAAGCGGAGCGCCAGUGUGCUGAGCUCCGUGAGUGACAAGAGCACCAAGAAGCAGAAGAAAUGA